AUGUCUUCGCUUUCCACAGUCACGAUGCGGUCCUCCCGCCUCAUGCUGCGCCGGUGGGGGGUCCAGACGGCCCAGCGCAACUUCUUCCAGGCCGCCGUAGCUCGUCACAACCUCCGCGCCCGACCAGACGUCCCUUUUCUUUCCGUGCCCUCGAGCUCGACGUCGACACGGGUGACGAGAGUACGACACAUGACGACGGAGCGGAGGGCUCAGCUCAGAUAUGAAAUCCUGACGGGAAUCAAAUACGUCGGCUACAUCUGGAUCGCCGGCUUCGCAAUCUUUGGUAUCUCCUUCGCCUACUUUUGCGAGCGCAACGAAAGGGACUAUCCCACAACAGAAGAAUGGAGUUUCAUGACCCGCUUCCGAAUGCGUAUGGCCAACAUCGCCCUCUACGACCCUAAGCACGGCAAUGCGGUGGAUUGGAUCCAAGUAGGACACUGGAUCGACACGGUAAUCAAGCGGUUACACGACCCAGAGUUCGAGGGAGCCGGCCUAAAGGACGCACCAGACGGUCCCAAGGGAACAAAGGACAUCACGGCCAAAUCUGAAGAAUGGAGAAGAGCCUACUUCGACGCAAUGAUGUUCUGGGCCAAAGCCGCCGAGCACAUGGAAGGUUGGGUCUGGGACACAGCAAACGGGGGAACCUUCCCCCCGGGGACGAUGAUCGGUCCCUCCAACCCCUAUCCAAAACCCGUCCCCCCUGGUUUCCGUAAAGCCCCCAGAGAAGAAGAUUGCAUCCUCCGUCACGAGAACCCAAACGAAAUCUACCUGAAAAUCCUAAACACAGUCGGCUUCACCGACCGCCAGAAGAUUGACGCUGGCCUUGCUUAUGGCUCCUGGCUAGAGUAUAAAGGCAUCGCCGGACCAGCAAGCAUCAUCUACGAAGACGCCCUCCACCUCGCCCUCAAGCAAAUCGAGAACACCACCCCCGCCCCCCUCGACCCAAAAACAAUGACCCUCAACGAGGAAGCCGGGUUGCCGUCUGAAAACCUCCUCAACACCCUCACUGCCUAUGCCGAUUUCCGCGCUCGUCAAGGCGACAUCAACUUUGCCCUUCCCGUAUACAUCUCCCUCCUCAAAGCCCGUCGCUCGCUCCCCCUCCCCUCAGAUUUGGACUUGACCUCCCAGCUACGUAAAGCAAAACCCUCUUCUCAAAACAGGGGGUUUUGGUCGGGUGUCUACAACGCCUGUGCCAAAAUCUUCACCCCCCCACCGUACCCAGAAGGACCGGGGGAUGGGAUCGCCCCCCCUAUCCGCAACGCAGCCGAGAGGUGUCAGGAAGCUGCGUUGAGCCUGCACAUUGGAGAGAUCAUGUAUGCCACCAACCCUGACGCGAGAGAGGAAGGACUAUCCUGGACGAGAGAGGCGGUUGAUGUCGCGGAGGAGCAGCUUCACAAAAUCAACCCGAACUUGAGGGAGAUGAAGCCUGUGAGGAGGGUGUGCAGGGACUGUCUUGUGACGGGGCUGGAGAACUGGGGGAAGAUGGUGACUAGGUUGCAGAGGGAGGAGCAGGCGAGGAGGGAGGAGCUGGAGCGGCAGCAACAGCGGAUAGCGACGACCAAGGAGAAUAACAGGGGGUGGUUUGGUGGGCUGUGGGGAGAGCGGCAGGCGCAGCGGGAGCAGGAGGUGACGGAUCGGUGGUCGGCCGAGGAGAAGGUUAUUGAGGAGAGGCAGAGGAGGGUGAAGGACUUUGUGGAGGAUUUGAGGCAGCCGGAUCGGGGGUGGUUGUCGUUUUUGAAGGCGUGA